AUGAGUAUCCCCGUGCCCAUGGACGAAGACCUUGACGACGAAUUCAACGACGAGGAGCCUCAGAAUGUCGGUGACGUCGAAGGUAACGGUGAGUCGUCCUCCUCAACCGGUGCGGCUGCGGCAGCAGCGCCCAUGGUGGACCUCCCAGAACUCACGCGUAAAGACAAGACUCUCGGCGAAGUGCUUGAACUAAUGGACGGAGAGUUUGCUCCCAUCAUCCCUGACGCUGUCACCGACUACUACCUUGCCAAGAACGGGUUUGAGACGCUGGACGUGCGGAUUAAACGCCUUUUAGCGUUGGCCACCCAGAAGUUCAUCAACGACAUUGCCCAGGACGCCUACGAGUAUCUGCGUAUCCGCAACUCGCUGGCAGUAUACAACAGUUCCAACCCUCAAGUGAGAGCAAAGCAAUUACUCCAGGGACAGCAGUUUGCUAACCAACAGCUGGUUACUGGUGGUGCCGGCAAUGCCGGUGCCAAUCUCGAACCGGGCGAAGACGGAGCUCAGGGCCAACAGCAACAGCAACUGCAGCCGCUGCACCUGGGGCUGAGUGCGGGGAACCAGCAGGGGAAGAUCGUGUUGACGAUGGAGGACUUGCUGAACGCGUUGAGCGAGUACGGGUUGAACACGUCGCGCCCCGAGUUCUACCGGUGA